GCAUCAAGCCCGUGCAGAGCACUGGGGCACCGGUGGCUGUGCACUGCUGAAGGCAUGUGUUAUUAGGUAUCGCAAAAUUCUGGGGACCGCGAAGAAUGGCGACGAUGAGGAAAGGCGAGAGCUCGAAGGUCGACGAUAUAGCAAACGUAAUGCCCGUGGAAGACCCCACACUGAAGGUAGCCAUCGACAAUGCAUCCGUUCCAUUGGAAAGCAAGACGUCCUUAUCCACAGUGUUGCUUGGACGGCAUGACUCUGUGUUUCCGGACUGCAAAGCAGCACCGAGCAGGUGUCCUUCGACCAUUCGCUCACCAGGAUACCACAACUUCGACCGUGACGAAACAAAUGAGGUCAUCAUUGGAGUGGAACGGCGGCACGACGAAGAAUCUCUCGACAACGACACCAAUUUCUCACGACGGGUAGAAGGAUCGGCAAAACGUCGGGUAGCCGAGACACAAAAGUGCACAGAGUCCUUUCAGGAACAGUCCAGCGCGCCACCGAGCGAUCCCAGUACAAAACCGACCCAGGACAAGACACUCGCCUGUGCACGUCGCCUGAAGGCCGUCACCAAGCGGACCAUUCAGGGCAAGACGGUCAUCACGAGAUCGACGGCGAGGAAAGAAGCGGAAACAAUCGUCAGGGGGGCAACUGGAGAGAUGGAUUGUAGAAGGAACGUCGACGAGCAAGGCACAGCGGACGAACAGACGGAAACAAAUGAGGAAGAAGUGACUGAACAUUACCACGAUGGUUGAAUCGCUUGAGGCAUUGUCAUAAAGAGGAAACUGUUUGUGGCCCAUGA